AUGAAUCUUCAGGAUAUCUGUGUUCCGAAGGACUCUGAUGCACCAGGGUCUGCUUCAUCAACCACACACAAUUUUGAUUCCAUCCUUUCAAAUAGUCUUUCAUCUUCAAAGACUACCUCACUAAGUAAUAACUCAGAAUCUACCAAGUCGGAGCUUAUCCAUUCAGAGUCUAACUCUUUAACAUCAUCCUCAAAGGCCAAGCGUGAUCAGCAAUUGGAGAUUCAGAAGAAACUAGCCGUUCAAAACCAACCUUCUGAUUUACCAAUAUUGAAAACAUCUGACCCUAAUAUUGAUACUGAAAAAGAUAUGUCGGUUGUUACUCCAUUUCUUGUGAAACAUAUCAGUGAUCAGACCAUGAUUCCAAAAGAUAAUUUCCAUCGCUAUUGUUAUAGACAUAAUCCUGACGUGAUAUGUAAUAAGAGAACCGAUGAGGCCAAGAUGAAAAAGAUCCAACAGCAAUUGGAAAAACUACCUUCAAGAGAUCAAGAAGCGAUCAGCCAUGUGUGGUCGAUCUUUAGUGCAGCUCCAGAUCAUCAUCGCUCCUUAAUUUUGCAAGGUAUUUUAACUCAAUGUUGUUUCCCUCAAUUAUCUUUCAUAUCUCAAGAAGUUAGUUCUUUAAUUAGGAUUGAUUUUAUUUCGACUUUACCUAUGGAAAUCUCCCUUAAAAUUUUAUGUUAUCUUGAUUGUGCAUCAUUAUGUAACGCAGCUCAAGUAUCAAGAAAGUGGAAAUCAUUAGCUGAUGAUGAUAGAGUAUGGCAUCAUAUGUGUGAACAACAUAUCGAUCGUAAGUGUCCAAACUGUGGUUGGGGACUACCUUUAAUGCAUAUGAAGAGAGCUAGAGAAGCACCUAUUCGAACGUCGUCAGAAGUAGAAGAUGAAAUAAACCGAUUAAAAUCAAAGCAGCAAGUUCAACAAAAAGCCGUUUUGAAGAAAAGGCCUUGGAAAUCUGUUUAUAGUGAACGGUUUAAAUUGGAAAAGAAUUGGAGAAAAGGUAUUUAUAAAAUAUCACACUUCAAUAGCCAUACUGAUGGUGUAACCUGUUUACAAUUUAAUAGAAAAUAUUUGAUGACUGGGUCCUAUGAUGCAACGAUUAAAAUUUGGAGAGUUGAUACCGGAGAAUGCUUAAGAACUUUAACAGGACACACCAAAGGGGUUAAAUCCUUAGUUUUUGAUUCUCAAAAAUUAAUAACUGGUGGAUUGGAUUCAACAAUCAAAGUAUGGAAUUAUCAUACUGGUCAAUGUAUAUCAACUUAUAGAGGACAUGAUGAUUCGGUUUCGAGUGUUGAUUUUCUGAACAAAACCAUUGUUUCAGGAUCAAUGGAUAAUACAGUCAAAGUAUGGCAUGUCGAUUCAAGAACUUGUUAUACUUUACGAGGACACACUGAUGGGGUCAAUUCGGUUAAAAUCCAUUUGCUAUCAAAUACAGUGUUCAGUGCAUCUGAUGAUACUACUAUUAGAAUGUGGGACUUGAAUACAAAUAACUGUUUAAGAAUCUUUGGUGGAAUUGAUAAUAAUGGUCAUAUUGGUCAAGUACAGUGUGUUAUUCCCUUAAUUUAUAAGGAUAAAUUAAUCGAAGACGACAAUGAAAGUGAUUCAGAAAUCAACCAUUGGGAUCAUCAACAACACCACCACCAACCACAACAAAACCAACCACAAAGUAAUAAUGACUUUAGUAGCGUUAACAAUGCCGACCUACCGGAAAAUCCGAAUUAUCCAACCCAUCUUUUAACUUCAUCUUUGGACAAUACCAUCAAAGUAUGGGACGUCAAAACCGGUAAGUGUGUUCGUACCCAAUUCGGUCAUAUUGAAGGCGUCUGGUCUAUCAGUGCAGAUACUUUCAGAAUCAUUAGUGGUGCUCACGAUAGAUUGGUUAAAGUAUGGGACCUACAAAACGGUAAAUGCCUACAUACUUUUGGUAAUAACGCCAGUGUUGGUUGUGUUGGGUUAAGUGACUCAAGUUUUGUUACAGGCUUGGACAAUGGUUGUGUCAAGAUGUAUUCAUUCGAAUAA